CUCUCUCUCUCUCUCUGAGCUUAUGAAUGAUGAAUGAUUGCUUUACUACUCUGAUCUCUUCCCAUCUUCAACCUCUCAAUUGAUUGAUUCAUUCUCCUAGAUUAAACAUCGCUCUCCCCUUUCCUCCCGCGUAAUCUCUCCUUGCUUGCUUUCUUCAUCCAUUUUGCACACGGAUCUCUCUCUCAUCUUCACUCGAAAUCUAGGUUUUUUUUAUCCCAAAAUCGGGAUUACUUUCCCCUUCUUCUCUUGUGUUCAGCUCAAAACUUCGAGCUCCGACUUCGUCUCUUUGUGAUAAACGCAGAUCUAUAGCUUAGGGUUUCGUUUCUUUUCGAAUUAGGGAAUUUGAUUUUUUAGGUUUUUCUUUCUAUUAAUGGAAUCUCUAAGUGUGUGUGUAGAGAGCUUCUGGAAUCUAAUUUUGUCCAAAGAUCUUUACUUGUUACUUUUUUAGUUGUCUGUUUUCAAAUUCAUUCUUUUGAUGUUAAUAUAUUAAAAGACUCUGUCUUUGCUUCACUGUACUGGUUUCAGGUGUGAGAGCUUUAAUGUCUAAACGGUUAUUAAAGGUGAAACUGCUUUAAUUAGAAAGAGUUAGAGGAUGAGUUACACGAUGGAUGAGAGUGAUGACGCUAUCUACUCCAGCAUCUACAACAACGAAUCCCCAUCGACUGCUGAUAAUAAUGGCUGCACGAGCAGCAGAGGAGGGAAAGGAAGUGUCCUGAACCUGAAGAAAGGGCCGUGGACCUCAACCGAAGACGGGGUUUUGAUCGAUUACGUCAAGAGGCACGGGGAAGGUAACUGGAACAACGUGCAGAAGCACACCAGCCUUGCACGCUGCGGUAAGAGCUGUCGUCUCAGGUGGGCUAAUCACCUGAGGCCGAAUCUGAAGAAAGGAGCGUUUAGCAAAGAGGAGGAGCAGGUUAUCGUUGAGAUGCACGCCAGGAUGGGGAAUAAAUGGGCACAGAUGGCUGAACUUUUGCCUGGUCGAACAGAUAAUGAGAUAAAGAAUUAUUGGAACACACGUAUCAAGAGGCGGCAACGAGCAGGGUUACCACUUUACCCUCCUGGAGUCCAUGUUGAAGACCUGCACUGGAGUCAAGAGUAUCAAUCAUCAACGAGUAAUAUCACCGGAGUAGUAGAUAGAAGAAGACAUCAAGAGUUCUCGCAGUUGGGGAAUUCCAAAGCUAAUGUCCUGUUUGAGGAUCUACAUUUUGCUAAUGUCCUGUUUGAGGAUCUCAAUUUUGCUACUAGCUUGUUACCUGGAGCUUCUGAUAUGCUCGCAUGCAACAUGCUAGGAACUGGUGCAAGUAGCUACACGCCACACAGUAACAACAUAAGGCAAGCAUUCCAAUCUCCGGAACAUUUUCAGAAUGCUACUCCACAAAAGAAUCCAAGAUCUUUUAGUAUCUCUGAUCAUCAUCCUAUGUAUGGUGGAAACCAGAAUCCAUCUGAUGUGAUGAUGAUUCAAGAUAGCCAUACCUUUACGGAUGGCAUGCUUCCUACUUCUAAGCCCUUGUUUGGGGCGGUGAAGCUGGAGCUCCCUUCAUUCCAAUAUUCAGAAACUGGUGGAUUUGAUCAGUGGAAGACGACGACACCGUCGCCUCCACAAUCAGAUCUACUGGACUCUGUUGAUACUUAUAUUCAAUCUCCACCGCCGUUGGAGAUAGAUGAGCCAGAUUGUUUCUCUUCGUGCGACACCGGCUUACUAGAUAUGCUGCUUCAUGAAGCCAAGAUCAAAGCUAGUGCGAAGCACGGUUUGUUGUUACCUUCGUCUGAGAAGAGUUUCAGUUCAACUACUUUUGCAACCGAUGCUACUCAGAAUGUACCACGAGUAGGUGAAUCAGAAGCUUUCCAAAACAUUUGGACUCGCUCCGAGAUUCCAAUUCCCACGCAACUUAGUGCAGGUGGAAACUCAUCAGCUUUUGCAGGGUACGUUGUGAAGACAGAAGAGUUGGAUCGGGUAUGGGAACCAAUUAGAGUUGAUGUAACACGACCUGAUGUUUUACUUGCGUCGAGCUGGCAAGAACAACAAGGCCGUUUUGGGAUUGUUAGAGACUCAAGCAGCAUGAGUGACGCCCUUGCGCUUCUUCUUGGUGGGUGAAAACUUUUGAAACAGUUACUCGACUGUUGGGUCAUCAUCAGGUUAUGCACCAAGAGCCGUUGGGUCUUGCGCAUGGAGUAACAUGCCUCCUGAUUGGUCCUUGUAACAAAAUGAACCACACUCUACUUUCAUGCUACUUGCUUCCUUUGAAGACUUUGCGGUUUCUUAUAGUUGAGACAAUAAAACUCUGUUUGAUUUCUCUUAUAAUUAAAACAAAUGAUUACUCAAUCAA